ACUUUAUUUUGUAUGGCAUAUUCAGUAGCAAUCAAGAAAAAUCUAAAUAAAUAUCAUUUCCCGAUAGCCGCAAAUUUAUUUCCAUCAUGCCGGCCCGUUUCGCUGCUAAAAAAAAGGACGAUACAUCACCGACUUCGACUCCUGCUGUAAACAGCCGGGAAGGACUUACUAACAAGGGUAAACCGCUUCGUAGUAAUAUGAAGGGUCAACGCAAGGCUACACAGGAUGCGGAAGAUCAGCGCACAGAAAACAGUGGUCAAGCCAAAAAAGCUUUGAAUGUCGACCAAAGGGGUAAACGUCUGUGUCCACCACGAAAACAUCCAGAGAGAAUCACGACGAGAGAGAAAAUUAUACAAAAAUUCAAGAACAUUAAUUUCUCACAACGCGACUCGGAUGCACAGUUGACCGUACAGAAUCUUGAGUUUCCCGAUGCCAAUAUCAAACGUACGGAACUCCACAAAAGGGAUGAGUGCGGCAAAAAUGUGAUUGCACGACGUACCGCAUGGGACUUCGAUAGUUCGAGUAAUUCACAUUUUCGCGAUGGCAUUGAGACGGUGAAAAUGCGUCAAGGCAGUUGCACUCCAAGCAGUAAUACCAUAUCGGCCGGCACCAGGCGAACGACAAUGGAACGUGAAUCAAAUCGUUAUCGUGGCAUUGCUAAUUCUUUAGAAAUGAUCGACUCUAAGCAUAAGCAUUCGGAACAACCAGUUAAAUUUAAUGGAGCCAAGUGGAAAAAGGCUUGUUCGGUUAGUUAUGUGGCUGGAGCACCACGUGCCCGUAUUGGUCGUUGUCCAGAGAAUUACGAACAGUUGGCCAAGUUAACGGCGGCAAGGCAAAAAUUCUUUCUGACACAGGAUCCACGGAAGGCCAAGUGUCUAAUCAAUCCGGCUGCCCUGCGUCAUAAGCGACUGUCAAAGGACCAAGAACACGAUUUGAUUGGCAAAAUGGUUAAACAUGGCGACAAUUUAUGUGCCACCACAGGAUCAGAGACAUCAGACACAUAUAUUUGUGAGGUGUUAGACGUCCAGAAUCCUUUGGGUCUGGAUUUUCAGGGCAUGGACUAUAAAAACAGUUAUGAAAAGGACGAAGUGGAUUUGCAAAAUCAAUUGCAUUACUGGCGUAUUAAGCGUUACAUGCAGAGACGUGAAACGAAGAAAGCGACCAAGGAUAAAGUGGAAGCCGAAUUAGAUAAAGAACGCAUGUCGAUACCACCUAGAUUUCAUACCACAAUCAAGGAUGAACUAAUCGAUGAGAACAGUUUGCCCCGUUCUCCCCGUUUUAGUGAACUCUAUCGAAGCACAGACAAGCCGGAUAAUAAGAAUAAGAUCGAACGAGAAAAGCAACGCCGUGAGGCACGCUACAAAGAAAUUUACUUGAAAAAUAAACAGAGACAAGCAGAGCUUGAGCAGGAAAAAAAGAAGCAAGAGGCAGCCGCCAAGGAGAUCCAAGCUCGUAUGGUGGCUGAAAAGGAUUUACAAAACGAUGUGGCAGUUAUCGAUGAUGCCAUCGAGCGAAGCUUUCGCAAGCAUGUCGACAUUAAGCCAGUGAUUAGAAAACGCAAAGUUUUUCCCAAAACUUUACAAGAAACGGAACGCCUGAAGUCUAUGAUGCACCGAGAGAAUUGCAUAGCAAGGGAUAAGGCAAGAAUUGCCCAACAAUUCUAUUUGGAGCGAACGGGGAAAUUAAAGAGAAUGCCAGAUGUAGAGCAACAGUUGCGUUGCGAGGAUAGCAUUUUGGGCAGUGUGGCAUCUUCGCACAGUGAGCAGAGCAGCGACGAUGAAGACUACCUGCAAGUGGGAAAAAUUGGUGAGAAAUUUCAACUGCGAGGAUUUCAUUUCAAGCAUGGUGAUGGCCUGCGUGGUAAAUUUCAUCGACAUCAGAAAAUGGAGGGUAAACGCACAGUUAAGGGCUGUCUGACCCGUGAUGAAUGGCUCAAUCAAUUGGCACCCCGCAAGGAACCCAUCAAACUUGAUGUGGAGACUGGCAUUACUAAGGUUCUCGAUCCAGAUGAUCCGAAUUUGGAUCUUUUUCCACCAGAACCAUUGUUCAUUCAUCGACGAGAGCGUCGCAGUGCAGUUAAGGAGUAUAUUGGCAAGCGACUGGGUCAGCAUUAUCAUAGGCAAUUGCGCAAGAAUAUUAAGAUUGUGGCACCCAAACUUCAAUACAAUGUUAAGAAAUUCAAUUUGAUUCGUUACGUUUUUCCCGAACAACAAUUAGUUCCCGCUGAUGAUCGAAAAUUCUCCGAAAAUUAUGAUCUGAUGGUAGAUGCAAAAAAAGUGAAUACCACAUUGGAGUACAUUGAGCUGAAGAAAAAGAUGGCAAAGGCAAAUCACCAGAAGAAGAAACGUGAACGUAUGCAGCUACUUGGAAUACCAUGCGUUGGGAGCAAGCAGCUAAGAGCUCCAAAUCCUUGUGAGGUGCAAGAGGAAGAGGUUGACCUGGAUUGGGUGCCAGAGCCAGAGCCAUUUCAUAGUGAAUAUAAUUAUCGGCUUGAUUCUUUGCCGAGAUCAUUAUCCCAACGCCGUAUAGAUGACGAUGAUGAUGACUCUCGUCGUCAAACUGGUGGCGGACAUUCAGAGCCUCCCUAUCGUUAUCGUGGCAAUAUGCCGGCCCCGCCGUAUCGUGAAAGAACCCUCAUGAUACAUCCAAGACGACGGCGAGACUAUGAAGGCGAACGUAUUAAUUCUUCUGAAUUCAAUGAGCACUUGAAUGUCUCACAAUUGCCAAUGCUCGAACAGCCGCCACCGGAUAGGGUAAAGUUUGCCAAUGUACGUACCAAGAAGCGACCGUACACCGAGUUGUUAGAGGCUCGACAUCAUCACGACCAUUGGUCACCCACGCAAGUGAAAAACGUUCAUGUUCACUAUCAAACCAAAUGCGUUUAUCCAGAGAUCACCAAAGUCAUACAGAGGGAAAAGGUGCCUAUAGUAAAGUUUGAAAAGGCCAAUCCACCGUGUGCUAAAUUUGUCGAUAAGGAUUUAACCAUGCCUGGCUAUGAUUUCGAUCAAAUAAUAAAGGAUCAUUUGAGGGAAACGCGACAAGAUAAAAAAGAAGCAGCUAAGGAAGUGGUGCAGGAUUUGUGCCAUCAGCAUGAUUUUGUCUUCCAUUCACGCGAUCCCGAGGAACUCGCUCAAGUGGAUUUUCCUGGACGGCGGCAGUACUUGGAUUUUCUGCGUGAGACCCGGGAGGCUAUAUACGAGACAAAGGAUAUAGAGCCCGGGGAAGAACGUUUAUUGGUAGAUCGUAAGGCAAUUGUGGCUGAACUCGAAGAAGAUCUUCAGAGUAUAGAAAACUGUUUAAGCUCUCUCAGUAGCUCAGAUUGUACGGAUUUGUCAACAGACAGUGGAAGUUUUUUGAUUUUAGAAGGCAAAACCAAAUUGCCCUUGGAGUAUAUUAGAAAACCUUUGGUGCCCUUUGAGGAAAUGCGUCGUUCUCGCUUUCAAGCUGAAAUCAUAGAUGUCGAUGCUGAAGAAGAGAAUCCUUAUCGACUAUUACCAUUUUCGGGUCAGCGUAAAGAGCAAGCUGCUCUAUUGGGUCCAAAGGAUACGUUUUUCACCUUUAGCUCACGUCUACGCAAUGGCUUACGUUUGAGAUUAGAAGUACCCGUGCCAGAUGUACGUAAUACUCUUCUUGGACCCGGACCAAAAAAAUACUAUGGAGCAGUUAUAACUGAUCUGGAUGAGAAUUAUAUAGAAGAGCUAAGAAGUCGAGCCACAAUUAAGUCAUUUAAUUUUAAAUCUGGCAUUGAACUGCUCAAAGUGGCCAUGCGUCUGAAAUAUGAAUCGCUACUCAUCCAGGGACAAAUGGUUCGUACAAAGAUCUAUGAUCGCAUGAACGAACGGCAUUGGGUCAAUAUGAAGAAUACAAAGAUUCUAUAUGAAGCACUCUUUGCCAAAUGGCAGAAAAAGGAAUACAAUUCAGCCAUGACAAUGGUUUAUGAAGUGAAAUCCUAUUAUGAGACAACCGAUCGAUUGAAACAGGAAUAUCGCGAAAUGGAACGUGAACUAAUGAUGCUCAAUAUGGAUAUAGUUUUCAUAGAGGGUCAUUGGAUACGUUGCAUAAUGCUGCAGAAUUUCCAUUAUCUGAUGGGUGAUCAAGAAUGGCGCAUGGAGAACGAUUGGAUACAUUUGGUGUCCAAGAAGAAGCGUCAUAAGAACACUGAUGCCUCCGAUGAUGUAGACGAGGAGCAGGAUAUAGAGUCAGUGACUCAAGAGGACGAUGAAGAAGAAAAAUUGGAACUCGAAUCGUAUGACAAGUCCAUUGCCAAGAGGGCCAUAGUGAAUAUACGUGUGCGAGACAAGGAUGAUGCUUGGGCCAUAAGAGCCUUUUACUAUGAUGUUUAUAUGAAGAACUUGCAUCCCAUACUUCAAGUAUUUCCCGAUGCUGCAGCUUUUCUUCAUGGUAUUGAGAAUUUGAAAACGAAAACAUUUAUGUUACUGCUGGAAAUGCAUUUCACUUUGUCCAUUCACACUGAACUGCAGGGUAGACUCGAGACCUUUAUCGAUUGGUGUGCCAAGGAUCUAAAGGAGAAACAGGAGUAUGUGGCCCGUAAAUCGGCCAAGAAAUAUUUCAUGGAAGAUCGAGCCGUCGAAAUGGAGAAUCGUGUCCAUCAUUAUCUGGAUAAGCCCAUAGCGAAUUCAUUUGCCGAUGAAAGUUUCAAUAAAAAUCGUGCCAUUCUUGCUGAAGUCUGGCGUCGUGUUGUGCCCGACAAUGUGCGAGGCUCUGGCGAUGCCAUACCCAGUUCAUCCGACAUGGUGGCCGCCAUUAGUGAUGUGGUUAUUGAAAUUCUAACCAAAUUCGAGCAAAUGGAUAUCAAUCGUGUGCGCGAGGUGGAGAUGAAUUUACGCAAACGUCGUCGUUAUUUGGAGAAACUCUCAUUUCAGGCCUAUCAAGUGGAACGUCGCAUUGACAUCGAAAUGAAAAAAGUACGCAGAAAUUUAGAGCCACCAUACAAACCGCCACGUCGAGUGGGUCGCCUGCCACGCCUCCAUUUGAAGAAACGUGUUGUCAAAGAAGAGAAAUUACCACCGGUUAUAUCCGAACAUACACGCAACUUUAUGCGAGCCUUCAAGGAGGACGGUGCAAUUGGCGAGACCAUGACCCAUGACUCUCUAAUGGUUGUCGACAAUAUGCAAGAGCAAAUUGUUCCCUUCUAUUUUGAUCAUUUCCUUAAAAUCAAUGGCUAUUCGCCCAAUUAUAAUUUUAAAACCAACAUUGAGCAACGCGAUGGACCCGAAAUCAAUCGCUUUCAAGUGCGUGAUGUUAUACCUGAUGUUUUGCAGAAAGUUGAGAAUUGGGAACUAAUGCAUAAGAAGAUAAUGGAGGAAAGUAUUCAACGUAAUCCAAAAAUGUAUGAAAAUGUGAAUUAAUUAUGAUCAUUUGACAAUUUUUUCCUUU